AUGUCUGAGCGCUCCCCUUCACGUUGGGCUCUGGCGUGGCCAGAGCCUCCCCGACGGGCGCCGCCUCCUGCUCCCUGGCGCCCGGUCCCAUCGACCGCCCGCCCAAGGGUUGAGGAGUGCAGGCGACCUCUGGGGACUGGCGGGCAGCUCUGCCGCAGCCCGGUGCAGGAUCCACUAGCUUUGGGGCUAAGCUUGGAAAAUGAAUACACUUCCCAAACCAAUAAUUGCACAUAUUUAAGAGAGCAAUGCCUACAUGAUACAAAUGGAUGUAAACAUGCUUGGAGAAUAAUGGAAGAUGCCUGCAAUGAUUCAGAUCCAGGUGACCCCUGCAAGAUGAAGAAUUCAGCAUACUGUAACCUGAGUAUCCAGUACUUAGUGGAAAGCAAUUUCCGAUUUAAAGAGUGUCUUUGCACCGAUAACUUCUAUUGUACUGUGAACAAACUACUUGGAAAAGAAUGUGUCAAUAAAUCAGAUAACAUGAAAGAGGAUAAAUUCAAAUGGAAUCUAACUACACAUUCCCAUCAUGGAUUCAAAGGGAUGUGGUCCUGUUUGGAAGUGGCAGAGGCAUGUGUAGGGGAUGUGGUCUGUAAUGCACAGUUGGCCUCUUACCUUAAAGCUUGCUCAGCAAAUGGAAAUCCGUGUGAUGUGAAACACUGCCAAGCAGCCAUACGGUUCUUCUAUCAAAAUAUACCUUUUAACAUUGCCCAGAUGUUGGCUUUUUGUGACUGUUCUCAAUCUGAUAUACCUUGUCAGCAGUCCAAAGAAGCUCUUCACAGCAAGCCAUGUGCACUGAACAUGGUUCCACCCCCUACUUGCCUCAAUGUAAUUCGCAGCUGCCAAAAUGAUGAAUUAUGCAGGAGGCACUAUAGAACAUUUCAGUCAAAAUGCUGGCAGCGUGUGACUAGAAAGUGCCAUGAAGAUGAGAAUUGCAUUAGCGCCUUAAGCAAACAGGACCUCACUUGUUCAGGAAGUGAUGACUGCAAAGCUGCUUACAUAGAUAUCCUUGGGACAGUCCUUCAAGUGCAAUGUAACUGUAGGACCAUUACACAAAGUGAGGAAUCUUUGUGCAGGAUUUUCCAGCACAUGCUUCAUAGAAAAUCAUGUUUCAAUUAUCCAACCCUGUCUAAUGUCCAAAGCAUGGCAUUGUAUACAAGAAAACAUACAAACAAAAUCACUUUAACUGGAUUUCAGUCCCCCUUCAAUGGAGAAGUAAUCUAUGCUGCCAUGUGCAUGACAGUCACCUGUGGAAUCCUUCUCUUGGUUAUGGUCAAGCUUAGAACUUCCAGAAUAUCAAGUAAAGCAAGAGAUCCUUCACUGAGCCAAGUACCUGGAGAACUCUGAUUCAUUAGGAGUCACGGACCCAUAACAAUCACUUCCCUUCCCUUCCCUUCCC